UGCUGUAAACCUUCUUCUACGGCCUUUGGCGUCCAGCCCCCCCGCUGUUCCUGGUUCCUGGUUCCCGGUCGUUGCUUUUGACAACAUAUUCACUGAAGAUGUCAGAAGAUCUGCGGGCAGAGCUGGAGAAAUAUCUGGAGACCUUAAACAUCCAGACGACCUGCGUGGAGCACCCGCCGGUGUUCACAGUGGAGGAGAUGAUGCCUCACCUGCAGGAAGUGAGCGGAGCCGUCACUAAGAACCUGUUCCUGAAGGACAAGAAGAAGAAAGGCCUGUGGCUGGUGUCGGCUCGCCACGACCGCCAGGUCAACCUCAACGACCUCGCCAAGAAGCUCGCCGUCGGCAGCGGCAACCUGCGCUUCGCAGACGAGGCGGCCAUGUUGGAGAAACUCAAGGUGGGUCAGGGCUGCGCGACCGCUCUGGCUCUGCUCUUCGAUAAGGACCAGAGUGUGAAGUUCGUCCUGGACCGGGACCUGGUGGAGGGAGGCCACGAGAUGGUCUACUUCCACCCCAUGACCAACGCCGCCACCAUGGGGCUCCGACCAGACGACCUGCUGCGCUUCCUCAAGGAGACGGGACACGAACCCGUCCUGCAGAGCUUCGAGUAGGACGGGAACCUGGACCGAGUCCACGUGCUGAACAUUUGUACUGGUCUGCUUCGGUUACGGCUCUGCCAAAAAUGCUUUUUACUCUGAGAGAAUUGUCAGAAGAUGAAAUAUUUCAGAUUUAUUUGGGGAUUUUAUCAGUUGAAGACACAAAUCAGCCGAUGGUUGUGUGCCAGAUGUUUUUCUCUCUGUUUGUAAAGAUCGUGUCUGUUCCAUUAAAGGACUGCUGGUUUUA